AUGGCGUCUUUAAUUGACGACUUUGUGCCGUCCAUGACUUAUAACAGCCUGCCCGUAAUUAGCCAGGUUGCCGAGGCACCAGAGCUUUAUGCCCGCGAUCUUCAAGACCUCCACGAGCUACUUCAAAAGCACCAUGUCCCCAGGGGUGUCAGUAUUCGACUGAUACAUAAGCACUUCGACACUGCCGACAACAAGGUCAUGGUCUUUGACAGGGUUACCAUCCCAGGACUCAGAGUCGCCCAAAUUAUGAAGCCAAUUGUGCCAACAGAGAACAGUCAACUCCGUGGCAUUCACUUUUUCGUUGGUGAAAAUGCCUCUCUCCAGUCCUACGAGUAUAGCAACUAUGAAGUCCCUGACAUGAACAACUAUGGGUCUUUUCUUGCCGAGUUUUGCACCAUUAUUUCUGAGCGUCGUCUCCAACGAACAUUCGGGCUCAAGCUUCAAUGCCCGAACGAGUUGGACCGAGUACGAGAUCGGUGCUAA